UGUGUGUGUGUGUGUGUGCUCAGUGAUUGUGUACAGUCAGCCACACACAGCUGUGUUGUAAGACUUGACACAGAGAGGAAACUCCUUCGCUGCGCCGACUGUACGUGCUGCAUUCACAUCACGUUGGAUUUCAGCCACUUCCCCUCUUGCUGACAUUAACAUCUGCUUCCAAACAAACAUCUAAUGAUGAUCGCCUGAAAGCACCUCACGAUGAGCGUGUCAGCUGCCCUGUGGACCAAACUUAACGAGCACGAUUUACGUGACGACGAGUCAAAACAGUCGAGGUUUGAUCUUUCGGCGAAGUCCAACGAGUUUUUCCGCAAUGCGUUGGUGGUUUUCCAAACCAAACAUCAGGUCUUCAUGUGGAGCCAUGAAGAAGAGCUCUGCAAAGCACAGCUCCACGCUGCAGUCUCCAGUGGACACGGCACACGCGUGACGAGGAUAACUGCUGUGCAACAUGGCCGCUGGCAGCUGCUAAAGCGAUUCCAGUGAGAACCUGCACUCUCAGGAAGCUGCAACAUCAACUACAAGCAACAAAAUGAGGGUCCAUAAAGGAAAACGUUUUCCUUCAACACUCGGCUGCUGCCAGGAUGUCUGGAAUCCAAACGCUAAUGAAGUUUAAAUGUUUCCCCAGCUCGGUGUCUCUUGGUCAGGACAGGUGUGUUGUUGUCUGAGAGGAAACUGGAAGUCGUCUAAUUAUCGGCUUUCACGAGGCUACGACGAAGGGAAAAGAUUUAAUUAUGUUUUUAAAUAUGCCUGAAUGUGUUUUAUGUGAGGGAAAAUAUAGGAGACGUUCUUGUCCAGGAGGAAAGUGGACGCCUUCACCCUGAGGUCCAUCAUGUCUGUACAGAGACCAGAAACCAGACCAGGAUCAAAGCUUUGUGCCCGAGUUAAACUUGACUUGCAGGUGUGGUUUUGUUGUUAAGACAGAGCUGGGCCACAUGUUUCCCUUUGCUCCCAGGCUUUAUGCUAAGCUAAGCUAAGCUAAGCUGAGCUAAGCUAACCACGUCCCGCCUCCAGCUCACAGAGACACUUCAGUUCCUAAGAUGUUCAACUAUUCUACCAAGAGGGAGAUUGUAGAUUCAGCUGCUGAGCUUUGUGACAGCAAGGAGACAAUCUGAAGUACUUCCUGUAGAAGAAGGAGAAGAAGAAGAAGAAGGAGAAGGAGAAGGAGAAGGAGAAGAGAUGGAUUUGAACAUUUUAAACACACUUUGUUUUAAAGGCUUCACACACAGAAGAUGAAGAGUAAACUGCAUCACAGCUCGGAUGAGGACGUGCUGCUCGUUUCACAUUCACGCUCUGCUGCACACACACACUUCCUGUUUACUGUGAGGAAGUCGGCUGCAGGUUUGAACGGCUUUAAUUUGACUCGAUGAUCAGAAAAUCACUUGACUGAGUGGACGUUUUCUCCGCCAUCAGCUGCCUGGAAGACGGUUUGAGUGACAGCGGCCAAGCGUCCCUCCUCAGUGUCGUCUCUGAGUGGGAUUGUGGGUAGGAUGAUGUCGUCUGGCGAGCGAGGAGCCUCGUCCUCCUCCUGCACCUCCGUCAACACCGUCUGCUCGGACGGUGAGCGUGCGGCCUCCCUCUCCCUCUCCUCCUCGGCCUCCUCCGUCUCCCUCCAGGACACUUCGCACUCGUCCUCAUCUUCUUCGUCAUCAUCCUCCUCUUCCUCUCUGCCGUAUGGCGCCGUGCCGACAUACAACGCCUCUUCAUCAUCUUCAUCCUCCUCCACGCCGAAGAGGAACGGCUCGGACAUCAGCCUGGACCUGACUCCCCUCGUCGUGCCACACGGAGGAGGAGGAGGAAGAGGUGGCGUUACCAAGGUGACGUGUGGAGGCCGCCCCACUGAUGGACACGCAGCCAACCUGCCGGCGGCGGCAGCGGCAGCGGCCACGCCCAGACAGCUUUCUCGGCUGGAGCGAGUCGUGCUGGAGAUCGUAGAGACGGAACAGGCGUACGUCAGAGACCUGAAGAGCAUCGUGGAGGAUUACCUCGGCUGCAUCAUCGACUGUGGCGCUCUGCCGCUGAAGCCCGAGCAGGUCAGCACUCUGUUCUGCAACAUUGAGGACAUCUACGAGUUCAACAGUGACCUGCUGGAGGACCUGGAGAGGAGUCCUCACGCUGCAGCCAUCGCUGAGUGCUUCGUGGAGAGGAGCGAAGCCUUCGACAUCUACACGCUCUACUGCAUGAACUACCACAAUUCGGUGGCCGUGCUGAGGGAAUGUAUGAAAAACCAGAGUCUGGUUCGUUUCUUCCAGGAGAGACAGACGACCUUGAACCACUCGUUACCUCUGGAGACGUACCUGCUCAAACCAGUGCAGAGAAUCCUCAAAUACCACCUGCUACUACAGGAACUUUCCAAGCACUUUGACAAGAGCGACCCCGGAUACGAGGUCGUCGAGGAUGCCAUCAUCACCAUGACGGCGGUCGCCUGGUACAUCAACGACAUGAAGAGGAAACAGGAACAUGCAGUACGCCUCCAGGAAAUUGAGGCCCUGCUGGUGAACUGGAGCGGGCCGGACCUUAGCGGUUUCGGAGAGCUGGUUCUGGAAGGUUCCUUUAAGGUCCACAGAGUGAAGAAGGAGAGAGCCUUCUUCCUGUUUGAUAAGAUGCUGCUGAUCGCCAAGAAGAGGCUGGAACAGUUCGUCUACAGCACACACAUAUUUUGUUGUAAUCUGCUGCUGGUGGAGACGCUGAAGGAUCCUCUGUGUUUCAGAGUGUCGGAUCAGACCAUCCCCAAACAGCAGCACGUCGUGCAGACAAAGAACCAGGAGGAGAAGAGACUGUGGGUUCACUACCUCAAGAGGCUGAUCGUAGAAAACCAUCCUGCUUCACUCCCACAGAAGGCGAGGCAGGUCCUGGGAGACAACUUCUGUCAGUCUCCUCAGUUUGACCAGGAAAAGAAAACCUCCACGCCCUCGCGACUGGACGAUAUCCACAGCUACCACAGGGGCAGACGCCAAUCAGGUCAGGAGCCUCCAGAGCUGCUGAUGUACACACCUGAGAAGUCCAGGAAGAGCUUACCGCUGCUGCUGGAGGGAAACCUGCCGUACAGACGCGCCAGGAGGCAGUCAGCUCCAGCUAAAGACAUCGAAGCAGCAUUUCAUCCCCAUGCCUUGAAGCAGGCGGGCAGCGAAGGCGAGCUGUGCCAGGCAGACAGUCUGGGCUCAGCAGGCAGCAGCAGCACACUCGCAUCCUCCGUCAUCGAGGUGGAGGCUGAGAGGCCCGACCGAGGCCUGACCCCACAGCUGCGACCAAACCAACAGGAAGAGUACCUUAUAACAUUCAAAUGUUUGGAUGAGGAGGAAGAUGAAGAGGAGGAACUGGAGCUGACCCCCCUUAGUUCUCCUCCCACCCUGUCCAUCACAGAAGAGAUCCUGGAGUUCAUCAACCAGAGCAGAGCCAGAGAGGGACUUGCUGCCAUUCACACCGACACAACGGAGCAGAUCUUGGAUCAACUCAAAGAGAAUCAGCCUCCAUCUGACCAGAGCAACUUCACCUGUCCACUGCCCUCAUUUGCCCGCCCAUGCAGCCCAGAGCAAAGACCCACAAUGCAACAGGAUCAAGAAGGAGCAGAUAUGGAGAAUGACUGCACCCUCCAAAGUCUAACCGGACAGGAAACUGGAUUUGAGGCUGAGACAGCUACAAAUGAAAUAAAAGAAAUACCAGAUGCAACAAGUCAAGUGGAAAAGGCAGUGGAAGCUGGUGGAGAGACCCAAGCAGUUGUUGAAGAAAAAGAGGAAGAAGAGAAGAAAACGGGGAAUGGAGGAGAGGGAGACAACAUCAUCUCUGCCCCAACAUCAGAUCCUCAUCCCUCCAUCCCAGCAGAGGAAGGAAGAGAGAACAGCAGUAAUUGUCACUUACCCAGGGAAGAGGUGAACACUGAGGACACCACCUCCUCCGCAAAUCUCCUUCACCCCAUCCAAAGACCUCAGCCACUCAUAGGAGGUUCCCACCUCACCAAACGUGACAAGAAGAUCAUUGAGAAAAUCAGGAGUUACUACGAGGCAGCAGCCAAGGCUGAGGAGGAUGAAGCACAGGAAGAAGAUGAACAGGAUGAAGGAGUGGCAUCGAGAAGGAGAAACAGUUUCUCACAAAUCCCAUCUGGCUUGGUGAAGGAGUCUGUAUCGCGUUUUGAUGUGGGUGGAAACCAGGGGGAGCCAGAGGGUGGACAAUCCAACUGUGAAACACCUGAAUCAGUUGAUACAGAAACUGAUCAGCAGACAGAGACCCAUUCUUUGACUUGUCCCAUCUCCUCCCCUACUCUGCUCUCAGCAGAUGCGGAGAAUGAUGGACAGGCAGAUAAACCAAUAGAUUUUGAUCCGGAGGGCCCAGUCUUUGCUGUCAUGCAGGACAAGGAGACCCUAAACCAAGUGGGUCUGCAGUCCAAUCCAAAAACAGUUGGAGCAGAGGCUGACUUACAGCACAGAAAUGGAAAGGUCUGCAGAGGACCAUUGAAGGAAGUACUGGAGGAAAAGAAAAGAGGGGAGACAAGUGAUGUGGCUACUGGACAAGUAGAGGGACCACCUGGAACCAGAAUCAACGCUGGAAACCAAAGUGUUUUGAAUGGACAUGAACCCAACCAUGCAAACCCAGCAGAACCAAAUGGAAGCCACAAGGAAACCUCUAGAGAAUCUCUGCCACUUACAAAACAGUGUCAGAAGACUGAGACCAAAACUCAGUCCUCUUGGACUAAAAAUAAACACAGAGACCUGGCAAAGACCAGCAGGAACCUUGAGAGCCUUCCCAGUCAGAUAAGAGUGGGUCGAUGGUCCCAUCAUUCCAGAAUUGUCACCGCAAACCGGGCCUUGUUUGAGGCCAUGGGAUCGGAUGUAGCUGGUAUUGGGUUAUUUGAGGCCAGUCCAGUGGUGGACCCUGUGCUGAUGGAAAACUCAGAGCGUAUUCUGAGCAAGGUCCAAACACUGGCCCAGAUGUAUAGCACCAAAGCCAGCACUAUGAAGGUCCCACUGCAUCAGAAACGGGCCAGCACUACACGGAACCCAUCAUGGAACUCAAGGAGACAGCCUGGACAUUCAACUGAGACCCAAACUAAAGGUCAGACGCUUCACCUUCAAUCUCAGACUCGUACACAGACCCCAACUGGACAUCAGCAGCAAACACAAUACCAAAUGGAAAACAGUCAAUCCGAUACCCAAGCAGAGACCAAACAUGCAACCCAAACUCACUCAGAGGCCAAAGUUCAGAACCAAAGCAUAACACAAGCUAGACAGCCAUCACAGAUCCAACCUAAAAUCCCAAACCAGCUCAAGACUUACAGCCAACCUGAGACCCAAACCAUGAGUCGGGAGGACCAAAUGAUCGAGGAAAGGAUAAUCAAGAGUCCGACAAAUGAUUUCCAGGAGACAAUGGUGCCCCCCUGUGAACCUCUGCUGUCUGGUCAUGUGUUUAUGAAAGAGCAGCUGAAUCUGUCCUGUCACCACCAGACAAAUGCAUUCACCCUCUCCAGGCCCAGGGACUUCAUCUCCGCCUUGACUAAAGAAAGACACUCCAGUGUGGACUGUAGAGUGGGUGACAACUUCCAGACUUCCCCCAUACCAGAGGAAAAACCAUCCACCCUGCUAAGAGAUCAGUCACCCAGUCUGGCCCAGGCUAACAGCCACAAGUCCAGGUCAGAGCUGAGUGAUGAAUGCCCAGUUUACCCCAUCCGAGAAUACUCAACAUCUGUAAACGUCAGUGCGCAGCCAGCACACUAUGAGCCGAGUCCCCCUGCUCACAGCAUACCACAGGGGGAAAUUUCCAAAGAUGGAGAUGAACAGGACAAACAUCUUGUGCAGCAGGAUUUACCAGCUACCCAAGAUAAAAAUGUACCAGAAUAUGAACUUUUCACAGAACAUACUGACAACAAAGAUACAUUAACCAAAGAUUUUAAGAGUGUUCAUGCAGGACCCAUGCAUGGAGAGGCGUCACCGGGAGAGCUGGUCCUGCUAGUAGCAUCUACUCAGAGCCAGGCUCCAACAGAGCCUCGACCAGAACUGGCCGGAGAGCAGGCCCACAGGGCAUUACUUUACCUGGUUGAGGGAGGCCCCACAACCCUGGGGGCCUCUGAAAGGCCAAAGAAAGAUGAACCCCCAAGUGAGCAGAAGCAUUUAAAUGAGACAAAGUUUGGUGUGAGUUACUCUUCAUCACAAACCAGUUCGAUUCCACAAGGUUCAACAGUGAUCCUCACAGAAGGGCCAACUUAUUGCAGCUCCGCAAGUGAACUGGUUGUUGCAUCACCCCUGAAUCAGCCUUUGCACAUGACCUUUGACCCCUCACAGGUCACAGAAGAUCUGGAGGAUCACAGAGCAAGAGGACAGGCAGCAUCAGGUCCAUGGUUAGGUGCCCAAAACUCAGAACCAUGUCUCACCCAACCACGCUCUCCAUCAGUGCAGUCUGUAGACUUUUUACCAACAUUCACCAGCCAGAGACCACCUGACCUGCCCAAAACAAUGGGGAAACGGGUUCUGUGUAACACCAGGAAUGUGAAUAACACCUCUACAGAUGAACAUAGAUCCAAGGAACUGAACCAACAGGGCUUACCGUCUUCCAGACCCUCCUUGGAGACACCCAGCCUGGUGGAGAGAUCUAACCCAGCCAUCGCCAUACCUGGCCAGGACACAGGCCUCACAGCAGCCCCCUCAGCAUUCAGACCCAGCCUCAGACACUGCUCUCCUUCUCCCAUUAGAUCUCCACCUUCCUCCUCCACUGUCCAAGCACUUCCUUCCUCAUCACCAAGCAGGAUUGCUCUAGCAUCCUCGCCCACCCCUGUAUCUGCUGGAGAUACCGCCCUAAACUCUGACUACAGGACUCUUCCCUGUUUCUCUCCCUCUUCUGGGAGGUGUUCCUCAGUGCAGGCUCCCCCCGCCUCCUCUCCUACCCCCACAUUAGCUUUCAUUCCAUCUUCCACUUCCACUGGGAAAUCUUCAUCCAUAAGAUCAGGUCCUCCCUCCUCCCCUACAGCAGCUUCUUCUCUCCGUUUUCCUCCAUGCUCCUCCCCCAUCGCCUCUUCCUCUGCAUUCAGCAAAUCCUUAGCUGCCUCCUGUAUUAGCCAGUCUAUCAGUCAGAGUAUGGCAAGAAAGAACACCACCCAGCAACAAGCCCCAUCCAUAACCUCAGUCAACGAAAGCCCUGCCCCUCUGCGACGGCAGACCCCGUCACCCAAACUCCCUCCAAGUCAGCAGAGCUCUAAUAUGUCUGCUCAUGCUCAUCUUGGGUGCACUAAAGAUGGGUACCAACAAUCAAGGUGCGCUCCCUCCUCUCUCUUGUCCUCUUGCACUUCUUCCUCACUUUCCCAGUGCUCUCCUUCCCCAUCUAUGAAUCAAGCCCAUCAUCAGCCUGCCCACCCUUCUCACUCUUCCUCUCAGCCUUCAUUCCUUCACUCCAAAACUGACUCAUCACGGAAUGCAAACAACAACAAUAAUAAUGUUAGCUUAGCUUGUAUAAACACUGCAGUCAGUAGUAUAAACAGUACCAGCAGCUGUAUUAACCGUACUGUCAGUAAUGGUGGUUGGUCAGUAAGUUCACAGAAGAUGCCACUAGCUAAUGGUAGCAGUAACACCACAGUAAUGCAGCAACACCAUGAUCCCCUCUGGUCAGGUUCACACAACCGUGUGGCUCGGCCUUUUUCUGCAUCUGAACCCAGCUCACGAGUUCAGUCCCCAUCUCCCUCUCCAAACCCUGCCUCAUUCACUCGCCUCUGUUCACCACCUCCUCCUCAACAUAAUUACUCCUCCCCCAUGGCAAAUAAACCUCCUCACCCUCGGAGCACACGGGUAGGAGGUGCAAAUUCCCAUAACCCGCUAGGACUCACUUUGGAACUUCCCAGGGCCUCAUCAGCAAGUUCAGCAACUGGGCUGUCUUCCUUAUGUCUGAGCCCUCAGAUCCUUUCCCCGCCUCCUAUUGGUGUGUCUGUGAAUGUUUGGACAAAUAAUGUUGCAGCACCUCAACCUAGAAACCCCAGAUACGCUUCCUGCUCUUCCUCUCCUUCCCUUCCUUCUUCAUUAGGCUCACCAACUCUGGACAAUGCUUCUUUUCACACUUCCUCAUCUUCUUUGGUCCCAUUGCGUAGUUCAAGAGCCUCCUCUCCUUCUCCACUCUGUCCUCCUGCAUCCCAAACGACCUCUCAAACCCUCUGUAGGUCUUUCUCCUCCAACCUGGCAGAUACACCAACUAGUCCAGCUCGGAGCAACCCUAGUGGAUUGCACCGCCCCUGGGUAGACAGCAGUCGCAGAUCCCUUGGUUUUAGUGGUAGUGGUCGAGGGUCCUUUGACCAGCAAGAGUCCUGUCCAACCAGUCCAAGGAGUGGAUGGUCCUCAUACAGCAGCUCACCAUACUGCCUCAGCCCUCGAACUGGACUUCAGUCCCCAUUCUCACCUAGCAGGCUUACCCCAGGAAAUGGCACCCAUGGUGGGCAACAUUUCACCAGUGUGCCCUGGCCAGAUGUGCGAGAGCUUUCAAACAAAUAUAAUGGAACUGAUAGCCUUGAUACAAGUGCUACUUCCACCAUCAUCGCCUCCUCUCCCUCUCUCUCCUCGGUCUCUCACACCCUCCUUUCCUCUCCUGUUCCAUCAGAUAGUCAAACAGAAUGGGGCGACCCAGAGCUAGAAGAGGGUAAUUGUCGCAGCCAGCUGAUCUGCGCCUAUGUUGCCCGGCCUUCCCAUGAACAAAACCUCUCCACCUCAUGCUCCUCCUCUGACAUGACCUCCCCUCCACUUGCCCCCUACCAGCAGCACAACUACCCAUCCCAAGUUAAACCACAGUCUCAGGUCCAGAUUGCCAUCACCACACCUCAUGUGCCCUCAAUCCCUUCCGCCUUGCCCUCAUCACCACUUCCCUGUGCCCACUCGUCUACCAAACAAGGGAACCAUAAAACCAGUUAUGCCACCACGGUCAACCUUCAGAUCGCUGGAAGUGGCCGAAUAACUUCCUUCAGCACUGCCCAAGUCAGCCUGACCCAAACCCUGCAGGCUGGGACCGGAGGACCUGGACAAGGUCAGGUAAUGAGAAGAGUAAGCAUCAAUGGACUUUCACACGUUCCUCCCCCUCUUCCUCAGAACUGUAACAGGCUAUGAAAGAAAAGAAAAUCUCUUUCAUCACCUUACAUGACGAAAAGGAAAAGGCAACAGGAAGAAAAAGGACAUUAGAAAAGAUUUCAAAUUUGCCCCAUACAACGAGACACAAAGUGAGCACCAAAAGUUGUGUCACUGCUGGUUUCUACUCUGGUUUUCGGUGACCCAGACCUCCGGAGUUUUUACCUGGAAUGUCAUGAACCAUGAUGACUUGUAACCUCAUGUUAGCAUGUUCAGCAUGUUGAAAAUGAUCUCUCCCAAAUAACAAAAGCAACGACGACUUGGAAAUCUGAGGGACUUAAUGAAUGAUGUCAACCCUUCUCAACACUGAGUACAAGACAUUCCCCUCAGUUUCAUAUGUAAGCCAACAAAUUCAGUCUCGUUGGCUUCUUGAAAAGGUUAUAAGCAGGCAUUACCCAGAUUUUCUAUCAAGAAAGAAAAAUCCACCUGCACCUGGAUGGCUCAUAUUUUUCAAUUUGGGAAAAUGGAAUGGAUCCUAAUGGAAUUUUUUAAAUAAUAGACAAUAAUAUAAUAAAGUGUAAAAAGAAAAAAAAAUGGAAAUGAGUCACUUCGCCGUGAUGAUGAUUGCUGGAUGAGGACCCAAAACCCUGAAAGUCCAGAGAUGGAGGUGGCAGUCUGAAGAUCAGAUUACACUGAAGUCAUUGUUGUUCAGUUCACUUUCUGAACAGCUCUGGACCCUUUCUUGGAGUAACAAUGCAUUUUAGACACUUUUCAAAUAGCAUUUGAUGAGCUGGAGUACAUCUGUUUUUUCUCAUUCUACAAUCACAGACACUUGUAUUAUUGGUAUUAUUAUUUUUGUUAUUAUUUUGUUGUUUUUUUGUUUCUCUGCUUUUUUUAGUAUCGUGCUCUCUGGCUAUCUGAGGCCAGUGUUUUUAUGGUUAGUGAUAACUGUGGUUAUUAAUAAUCUUCUUUUUAAACCAAUUUAUUAUUUGUUUUUAUUUUAUUGUUUAUUUAUGAAGUUAGUCUUAUUCUCUCUGGCACUUAGUAUCCUUAAAGUAAUGUUGGUAUUUUGCACAGUGUCCUCAGCUGUGUGUGUGUGUGUGUGUGUGUGUGUGUGUCUGAAAUGACGUGUCUGGGAAGUUGUCUUGUAACCUCAGACCAAGCCUUGACUUGUGUGUGUUCAGUGCUUCGCUCUCAUGUUGAUGUACUCGUUUGGUUUGUUGACUUUUCACGCUCCCUUGUUGUCAGCGUCCUUCAGAAACCUUGUAUCCUGACCAUCACUGAGUUUGAAACAGAAACUCAAAUAGUUUUGGCAACACACAGGAGGCGUGUCGAUGCCUUCAUAUGAUUAACAUUCAUGCAUAAGGCUUCUAGUGUUUGUUGUUCGCUCUUGUAAGUGAAAGCACAGACUAUUUUUUAAAGAAUCAGUUUAAGGCCUUUACACACCAGGGACAGGACGAUUAAACAACGCAAAAAUAUAAAAUACUCAUCUGUUAAUAUUUCAAAUCAAAACUACCAUAUCUGAGAUGGGCUCAUUCUGCAGGUUCAUCUCAGCCUCCUGUCCCGGGGCUCCACUUUCUUAAGAUGUAUUGAUGCGUCAAACACCAAAUUCGGAAACUAAUCGAUCAACCUGCAACUGAAACUGCUGUUCUUAUCCACCUGGCGGCUCUGACGAGAGCACAGAAUUUUAAAUCCAAUUUUAUGGAUUAUUUGAAGUUUGGUUCCCCCCUUAUUUUUUAAAGUCAAUAAGAACAUUUUAAAAACCGUGAAAUGUCGCAGAGCAUUUGGAGGUCAGAUAUAAAAGUCGGAGAUGUGUGGUACCCGCAGGCCGCUGCUGACAAACUGGAGAGAACAUAAUGUUUUAGGGUGCUGGUGAAAAGGGAAAUAUUAACAAAAUCUUCAGCCAGUACCCCUCAUAGAGUCAAUGAGACAUUCAGAAAAUAAAGGAAUGUGGUGCAAAGUCAAA